AUGUCCCGACCGGACCAAACCUGGUCUGAUCUUGAUGCUGAACUAGACAACUCCGAAAAUCAAACGACACAGCAGUCUGCCGGCCAGUCAUGGCUGCAAAAUUUCCCUCACACUCCUAGUUUCUCCUUCCCAAGUUCACUGGGUCGACAUGGCCUCUUGAGCCGAAGAUCUUCGACCUCAUCACAUUCGGACGAUGUUGAUAUAAAUCACCUACAGUUGAGCCUUGCUCAGUUCGCUUCCUUCACGCCGGGAACGCCUCUCGAUUUCGCCCACGCCUACUCCGCUGUUCAAGAGCAAAGACCAAAAUCUAUUCAGAAACAAUCUCCUGCAUUUGCUGAGAACUCAGUAUAUGGUACCUUUUCAGAUGAUGUCGUCGAGACCGGAGACGAUCAUCAAAUUGAUGAUGUUGACGAGUCAACUUUCAUUGGCAUCAGUCCCUAUCGUUUCUGGCUUGUGUUCAUCGUCAUUAUGCUGGGCUAUUUUAUUGCCUGCUUCGACUCGACAUUGAUGGCCUCAAGCCACCCAGUCAUUACUUCAUAUUUUGGCGCCUCUCAAGCUGCGUCUUGGCUCAGCACCGUCUUCCUCAUUACCAGCACAGCGUUCCAACCACUUUUCGGGCGCCUUUCCGACACCAUAGGCCGCAAGCCGGUUUUCAUGCUUUCAUUUGCCAUCUUCGGCCUCACAACUUUGUGGUGUGCCCUAGCAGACAGCAUUGAAAGCUUCAUAGCUGCGCGUGCUGUAUGUGGUCUUGGUGCUGGCGGCACAAUGUCAAUGAGUUUGAUUAUUGUGAGUGAUCUCGUCCGCAUUGAGCAUCGCGGGAUCUUCCAAUCACACAUCAACCUUGCAUUUGGCCUCGGGUCUGCCUCGGGUGCAGCUCUCGGUGGUUGGCUCUGUGACUCGCUGGGAUGGAGAUGGGCGUUUGGUAUUCAGGUCCCAUUUAUUACCAUUGGUCUUGUCCUGGGACUCCUCUUUACUCCCUCCGGGCUGGGGCCAAUGUUGAUCAAUGCUCAAGGGGGUGGCGCGUGGAUCGCACUCAAGAAGUUCGACUGGCUCGGAUCAUUGUCUUUGAUCACUGCGGUCACUUCGCUCAUUCUCGUUCUCAAUCUUGGAGGAAACAUCUUUCCAUGGUCAUCUCCGAUCGUGACAACAUGUUUCGUUUUAUUUGUGUUGGCCACUCUGAUGUUCUUGUACGUCGAGACACGGGCUAUACAGCCUUUGAUGCCUCUUGAAUUGUUGUGCAAGCCGCCCAUUUCAAAUAUGGUAUUUGCAAAUCUGUCAGGGGCCAUUGCAUCCAACACGGUCUUGUUCAAUGCACCUUUGUUUUUCCAGGCAGUCCUUUUGACAUCAGCUUCAAGCUCUGGAUUUCGCCUGGCCAUCCCUAGUCUUAUCGGAUCGUUUGCAGGUAUCUCUACCGGCUUUAUUAUCACUUAUACCAGGCGUCUGAAGCCUACACUGGUCUUUGGAGCUGUGCUCUACCUCGUUGGGUCAGUGGCAAUCUGCUUCUUGACCAAGGGAGUAUCCGAGGUCGUGAGCAUGAUUCUCAUCACUGGCGUUCCCUUGGGCCAGGGUUUUGUCUUUCCAAACACGAUGAUGAGUGCACUGGCAGUCGCUGAACAAGCAGACCAGGCUGUUGUAACGACAACGAUCGGGCUGUGGCGGAAUCUUGGUGUUGUCCUGGGUGUUGCAAUUUCCAGUCUAGUGUUUCAAAACACAUUGGUGAUCAGGCUUCGAGAUACGGUGGCUGACCCACAAGUCAUUCAGAAAGUGAGGUCUUCUGUCCAAGCAAUUCGAUUCCUUGACCAACCACUGCAAAGACAAGUGAUUGAUGCUUAUGCCACAUCUCUUCGUAUAACAUUCUUAUGCUCAUUGGUGGCAUCCAUCAUUGUGGUGAUUCUUGUCUUUCCCGUCAAGUUGCCACGAUUGCGAACGGGGAGACAAAUUGUUGUCAGUGCAGGAGAGUAAAGGCCGAGGCGGCUAAGGUUGGGCGCGCAAAUAUGCA